UCCAACGCCGAAGAAGAGCUCAACUCGUCUCUCGAACUCUGUUCGAACCCAGAUCGCCGCCGCCACAUUCUUCUGUACGGCGCCGUCAUCCUCAGCCACUCUUCACGACGUCGUCGCUCUCUCCUCUUCUCGUCCGAGUCGUCGCCUCUCGCUCUCACCUUCGUCUUCUUCACGCCUGAGCCUGGCGUCUGGCCUGGCAGCAGAGAACUGAAAGGCAUUAACAAAUCCCUCGCCCACUAGGUAGAGCGGAUCCUCUUCCCGUGGUCCCUGUGCUUCCGACACCGGCGUCAGCCCCAAGUUUGCGUGGUCUGUUGUUGUUGAUGGCGAGCAAACAAAGCUACCAGUAAUGUUUUGGAAAAAUUUGAAGCAAUUUGGACUCUCUGCCAGAGAACUACGGGAUAUAGCAUUCUCUCUUGUCAAAUUAUCCUGUUGUCUUCAUGUCACCGCCACCUAUCUCGUGGAUCCUAUUCAGAUCUAUGGUCCAAGCAUGCUUCCGGUAAUGGGUCCGAUGCCUACCAUUAUAUUGACCGAAAGGAACUCCCCCCGUUUGGGUAAAGUUGAGCGCGGGGAUAUUGUUAUUGUGCGGUCACCUGAAAACCCUCGAAAGUUGAUGUGCAAGCGCUUGCUUGGAUUGGAGGGUGAUGGUGUCACAUUUCUCGUAGAUCCUAAGAACAGUGAUAAAUGCGAGACUGUAGUGGUUCCCAAGGGACACGUUUGGGUUCAGGGAGAUAACAUAUAUAACUCCAGGGAUUCAAGACAAUUUGGUCCUGUUCCUUUCGGUCUUCUUCAUGCCAAGGUCUUCUGGAGGUUAUCGCCGCCUGGACCCUCGGGCAAAAACUGAUCCAAGAUUUCAGCUUUGUGAAGCUCAAGUCCUUAGCAGUAUUAUCACUCUUUUUAUUCAAUUCCUAAAUGUGUAUACUCGCCCGAGUUUCAUUUUAACGUACGAGGUGCCAUUUCUCCCUACUUGGAGUUAUAAAACUCGUGGUUCCCAGAAGAUGAAAAUCUGGGAGGUGAGACAUAGUUGAUUGUUAAUUAGUAGCAUCAACUGAGGAGUGUUGUCUUUUCAGUAACUGUAUUUUCCGUGGUUGAACACAUUCUUUUAUAUGUAUGCCAUGAUUAGCCUAAAAAGUCUGGUGGAAGACCAUUUGAUGUCC